AUUCCUGCUUGGCAUGGCGCAGACCGAAUCGCCAAGCGCCCCUGCGUGCACCGAGCGCAAGGCGGCGGGAAGCCUCGACAUGGAAGUCCAGCCGCUCAAGGUCAAUGAAGACGGCGCCGACGCCCUCGACGCCGAUGCGCUCAAGAAGGCCGAGGUCGUCAAGCCAGCGACGUCGGCAUGGCUGCGCCCGGAAGCGCUUGUGACCAUGGUCUUGAUCGCUGUGACGCUGAUAAGCUACCCGUACACGGGUGGCAUCCGCAGUUGGCAUUACGUCUGGUGGUGCGGCUGGCUCACGGCGGUCUCGACGGGUUUUGGCGCUGUGCCAUUUCUCUGGGUCAAGGACAUUGAAAAGUUUUGGCUCGGCGUCUGCAAUGCACUGGCAGCUGGCAUGAUGCUGGCAGCGACGAGCUGCCUCUUUUACGAAGCGUUCAAUGUCCAGUCCAAAGACGACGAUGUGCUCUCGGUCAAUGUGCGGCUCCUCCUCGGUGUCCUCUUUGGCAUUGCGUUCAUCAAGACGACCAAGAUCAUUUUGGACGAGCACGAAGACGUCAAAGUGUGUGGCCUGGAUGGGCUCGACGCGCAAAAGGCGCUGCUGAUCAUGGCCGUCAUGACGCUGCACUCGAUCUCGGAAGGCAUUGGUGUCGGUGUCUCGUUUGGCGGCGAAGGUGGGGACCGUCGCGGCCUCCUCGUGUCGCUGACGCUGGCAAUCCACAACAUCCCCGAAGGCCUCGCGAUUUGCUUGGUGCUCAUCCCGCGCGGGCUCAAGCUGCUGCCGGCGACCGUGUGGUGCAUCCUCUCAAGCAUGCCGCAGCCGCUCUUUGCCGUGCCGUCGUUCCUCUUUGUCGAGACGUUUCUUCCGAUUUUACCCGCAGGUCUCGGGUUCGCCGGCGGUGCAAUGGCGUUUGUUGCGAUCUGCGAGCUCUUGCCCGAAUCGCUCGAAGACACCGAGUCGAAGCUAGCGACAAGCAUCUCGCUCCUCCUCGCGUUCACAACGAUGCUCAACAUUCAGUAUGUGCUGACAGGCGAGCUGUAAGCCGCCGUCGGUGCCAAAUAGUGUAUGAUAGGCGUUUGUAUCAUGACGUAUGGACAGAGUUGUCACUUGA